AUGCCCGGCUCACUGGAAGGGCUGCGCGCGCUCUCUCCCGCCGAGGAGUACCUUCGGAUUGUCGCCAGCGCCGCGGCACGAGGGCUCGCGCCGCCAGACAAGACGGUGCUGAUCACUGGAGCUUCUGGCUACCUCGGUCAGCACCUCAUCGCUCACUUAGCGCGCACCUUCCCCACGUGGCGCCUCGCCGCAGCGUAUGGCGGGCUCGACACAUUCGCGGAGGACUUUGGGGCGGUCUGCGCGUGCGUCCAACUCGACCUCACCGACGGCGCGGCAGUCACCGCGCUCGUCUCAGAGGUGAAGCCAGACGUGGUGCUGCACCUCGCAGCCAUAUCGAGCCCGGCCGUCUGCGAAAGGGACCCAGCGCGUGCUCGCGCCGUCAACGAGUGCCCCCCCCUCCUCGCGGCCGUCCCAGCGCACGCCUGCUUCGUCUUCCUCUCCACCGAUCAGGUCUACGACGGCCUCGCCGCCCCGUACACUGAGACGUCGGCCGCCGCCCCGGUCAACGUGUACGGGCAGAGCAAGCUCAGCUUUGAGCGCGCCCUCACCGCCGCGCUCCCGUCGCGAAGCGUCUGCCUCCGCUCGUCCCUCAUCCUCGGCCCUCCGACGCCUGGGCGGUGCCGCAAGGGGCACUAG